UUCCCGCCGGCGGGAGCUGUGACUGUGGCGGCGAGUUGCACUAGAGACGGCGGGGUCCAAGGCUGCAGCACUAUGGCGGAUCAACUUUAUCUGGAAAAUAUAGACGAAUUCGUCAUGGACCAAAACAAGAUCGUGACAUACAAAUGGCUGAGCUAUACACUAGGAGUUCAUGUUAACCAGGCCAAACAGAUGUUGUAUGAUUAUGUUGAAAGAAAGCGAAAGGAAAAUUCAGGAGCCCAACUGCACGUCACGUAUUUGGUGUCUGGCAGUCUCAUUCAGAAUGGAUUUUCUUGCCACAAGGUUGCAGUAGUGAGAGAAGAGAAGUUGGAAGCAGUGAAGUCCAAGCUAGCUGUGACUGCCAGCGUCCAUGUGUACAGCAUCCAGAAAGCCAUGCUAAAGGACAGUGGGCCUCUGUUCAAUACCGACUAUGACAUCCUUAAAAGCAACUUGCAGAACUGCAGCAAAUACAGCGCCAUACAGUGUGCAGCUGCAGUCUGUAGAGCACCUGCUGACUUCUCAUCUUCCGAAAAGCAUGAGCAGUCCAAUCUUCAGGUAUCGAGUGAGACACAAGCCAAUAACGGGUGGACCACCAAUGGUCACGGACCACCUGUUUCCAGACAGGUCUCCCAGCAGCCCAAAGGAAUUAUGGGAAUGUUGGCUGCCAAAGCUGCUUCUAAAACUCAAGACACUAAUAAGGAAAGCAAGACAGAGGCUAAAGAGGUAACAAAUGCAUCUUCAGCUGGCAACAAGGCACCAGCGAAAGGGAAUAUAAUGAGAAAUUUUUUUGGAAAAGCUGCUAUGAAUAAACUUAAAGUCAAUUCGGAUUCAGAGCAAACAGUGAAAGAAGAAAAAAUAAUGGAGCAACCUCCAGUGUCUGUCACUGAACCAAAGCUGGCAGCCCCUACAGGCCUGAAGAAAUCCAGCCAAAAAGCAGAGCCUGUUAAGAUGCAGCAGAAGGAAAAAAAAAGAGGGAAGCGAGUGGAGGUCUCUGAUGAUGAGACAAAAGAACCAGAAAACAUGAAGAAAAAGAGGAGACGCAUCAAGCUUCCUGAGUCUGAUAGCAGUGAAGAUGAAGUCAUACCAGACUCUCCUGGGACUUACGAAGCCAAGUCCCCAUCUCCACCUCCUCCUGCUUCUCCACCUCCUGAACCAGUGCCAAAAAUGGAGCCAGAACUGCCUUCCACCAAGGGCUCAAGUGGAGAACACAAAAGAAAACGAAAGCGUGUGCUGAAAUCUAAAACUUAUGUGGAUGAAGAUGGCUGCAUCGUGACAGAGAAAGUCUACGAAAGUGAGUCCUGCACAGAUAGUGAAGAGGAGUGUAAGACAAAGCCAUCCUCUGUGCACAGACCUCCUGCCAUGACUGUGAAAAAAGAACCCAAAGAUGAACGAAAGGGCCCCAAGAAAGGGGCUGCUGCUCUGGGCAAAGCCAACAGACAAGUGUCCAUUACUGGCUUCUUCCAGAAGAAGUAAACUGCAUCUCCACCGGGUCAGAGACUUGGAAUGAGAUCAAGACUUCCUCACUUACUGUGUAAGUUCAUCUAGCUCCUCCCCUCACCUGUGUCAAAAGACUCUACUUGCAUCAUGUGAGGUUUAUACUGUUUCUAGUUUUUAACAGUAUAAAAGGAAAUUACCUGAAAGGCAAGAGGCAAAAGAAUACAUUUAAAAGCUGUUACCUUCUAAUGACACUUUCAAAGCACAACAUGACCUGUCCAGGAGAAGAAUUUGCUCCAGAAAUAAAUUGGAACGGGUUUCAGAAGUAAUUGCUGAUGCCAUUUAAUGGUUAAUCCACUGUGGCCCACCCAUCCUAUGCCCUGAUUCACUAUGAGUCAGGAAGUAUUCCUUCUUAUUCCUUUGUAGUCUGUGAACGUGUG